AUGUAUAAUCCUGGUAAUUUUUAUGAUUUCUUUAAUACUAAUUUUUUUUAUAUAAGUUAUACUGAUGAAUGUGAGAAUUUAGAUUCAUAUUCAGAAAAUGUACAUAAUGAUUUAGGAAAAAUUAAAGGAUUUUUGGAUAAUUUAAUUAAUGAUAAAAUAAAUGGAGUUAAUCUUAAAGAACAAAACUGCGAUUCAUUCAAUAAAUGGAUUAACAAGAAAAAAACAGAAUACAUAUGCAACAGAGAUAAUGAUGAAAAUCAUGUAAAGGAAAUUUUUCCAACACAAUUUUGUAUUAAUACCAAACUUGAUGAUUGCUGUAAUGUGGAAUAUGCAGCGAAUGUGUUCAAUGAAUCAUCAUCAAUGAAAAGUCCACAUUUGUUGUCAACAGAAAAUUAUGCUUUUACAUAUGAUGCACAGAGAAUAAAAUCAGUUUAUUCUAUUUGUUUUCCGCUUUUAACAUUUUCUAAAAUAAAGAUGUUUCUAAAUAAUAAAUAUUUAAAGGAACAUUCAAUAAAAAAUUAUAUACAAAGCAGUUGUGCCUUUAAACAUAUUGAGGAUUUUUUCUUAAUGCCCGAAAGGAAAAGAGUUAAUAUACACUAUCCAUCUAAGGUGUAA